CGAGAAACAGAAUCCUCUACCGAAGCUCAGUGCAACUGGUGAGAGGACCACCAAUGUCUGUUUGUUUCUGAACCGUCCACGAUCGAACACGACAACAAGAAAGGUUAUUGCGCCAUACCGAGCAGCAAACACAGUGAUGGGUCUCUGUGCAACCGGCAAAACGGGGAGUACAAUCCAGAUAGAGCGCCCAGGGAAGCGGCAGUGCCCGAACGUUGAAGGCGAACAAUCCAGAGAGAGAGACGAUAACUUUGUUGUGAAAGAAACGCUCUACAACAGCGUGGCGCAAGAAUUGCGUGACAACGAUGCUGAGGAAAAGGAACCUAGUGACGGCGAUGAUGAGGAGGGCGAAUCGAGCGACGACAAUGAUGAUGAGGAGGAAACGAGCGAGGACGCCGAUUCAGAAGACACUAACUCUGAGGAUGAUGAAGAGAAGAACGAGUCGGGAAUUGAUGUCGACAUGUUCAAGAAAAGUCUAUCUGGAGAACUUUUAGGGGAAGUGAAGCAGAUAAUAGCACAGGAGGUGAGAAGCGGAUUCUACAGCAAAUCAAGCAAGAGUGAGAAACCUCCUUACAACUUGGGAAAGCGCGGCAAGAACGUACGUGUGUACAACAAGAAAGCUAACUACCACGUGAACAUGCAGAAUGCCGAACUGGUUGUGAAGGAAGAUUGUUGCAAGGCCAAUUGUUACAAGAAGUUCACGGCGGUAGAUGUUUUUUACAAGCGCGAAGAAAUUUGGGCGAUGAAACAACCUGAGCAACUCAACUUCUUUCUCGCAGAGAUGAGGGUUGCGUCGUACUUUUCGGAUGAGGGAGAUUUAGAGGUAUUAAGAGUGACGUUUAACGGCGUAAAGGUUUGCACAAAAGCGUAGGGAAAGUUGUACGGAUGCUCGACUACACGUGUUGCAAAGAUACGCAAAGAAUUCAGAGAAGGAAUGGUGUUAUACGAACAUUCAAACAAAGGAUCAGUUGGAUUAUCUGCUUCAUCACAACAAAUUCUCGCCUGGUUG